AUGACUGAUAACAAGGAUGAGCUUGUGCAGAGGGCGAAGCUCGCUGAACAGGCGGAGAGGUAUGACGAUAUGGCACAGUCUAUGAAGAAGGUUACCGAGUUAGGGGCAGAACUUUCAAAUGAGGAGCGCAAUCUUCUUUCUGUCGCCUACAAGAAUGUCGUUGGUGCUCGCCGUUCGAGCUGGCGUGUCAUCUCAUCUAUUGAGCAGAAGACGGAAGGUUCUGAAAAGAAGCAGCAAAUGGCCAAAGAAUAUCGCGAGAAGGUCGAGAAGGAACUUCGAGACAUUUGCCAGGAUGUAUUGAAUUUGCUGGACAAAUUUCUUAUCCCAAAGGCCGGUAAUCCUGAGUCGAAAGUGUUUUACCUUAAGAUGAAGGGUGACUACUACAGGUACCUCGCUGAGGUUGCAUCCGGAGAAGACCGUAGCUCGGUUGUCGACAAGUCGCAGCAGUCAUACCAGGAAGCAUUUGACAUCGCCAAGGACAAGAUGCAGCCCACUCACCCCAUCCGCCUUGGCCUCGCCUUGAAUUUCUCAGUGUUCUACUACGAGAUUUUGAAUGCCCCUGAUAAGGCCUGCCAGUUGGCUAAACAGGCAUUUGAUGAUGCGAUCGCUGAGCUCGAUACCUUGAAUGAGGAUUCAUACAAGGACUCAACGCUCAUAAUGCAGCUGUUGAGGGAUAACCUCACUUUGUGGACCUCUGAUGCUGCCGCAGAUGAUCAAGAUGCAGGAGAGCAAGGCGAGGGAGCGAAUUGA